UCUGACAUAAAAAUUGUAAGUAUUUGCUUUACAAAAAUAAUACAUAUUUCAUGCUUAUUACAACAACAAUUAUAAUACCUAUUACUUAUUUUUCAGAACACUGCUAAAGAUGUAAGACUAUCGUUGGCGGAUUAUACGGACAAGGAAUAUAAUCCUGACAAGGAAAACAAGUCGUCAAGUUACUGUUCAAUAAUAGAACGCUCUCCGGAAAAUUCUAGGCCAUACAUUGACCCAAAGACGUUUCUUGCUAGUAAUAAUAAUGAGAUAAACGUUCAAAAUAAAAUCGAGGAUAUUGCUCAAAAACCAAAUCAAUUGGAGUUAUCAUCAUCUCAGCAGGAUGUUUUACGAAAUAAUACGCCACAAUCCACAAGGUCAUCAUCUUCCUCCUCUUCUUCAAGUAGAUCAUCAUCUACAUCUUCCACAUCCAGCAGCUCUGGUUGCAUGAGUAAUUCCAACGCAAAUUCCAUCAUAGAUGGGCCUUCAACAUCUAAAUGCACAGGACAAAUUGUAAGCAGUAGACCUACAAAGAAUUAUCAUCAAUCACCUCUAAAUUCCGAUGAAAGCGAUGUUGACUUAAGUGACUCAGACCCGACUUACACUAUCGAUAAGCCUAUUCGUAGCGAACAUGUACGUAUAUCUGAAUCUAGCCCCAGUUCUAGUUCAUCGGCUCCUUCCAGAUCAUCUUCCAGGGCAUCCAGAGAUAACGGUGAGUCUGUUCCAGAAGUAACCAGAAGAUCCAGAAAACGUACCAGAAAUCCAUCAAAAUGGAAACAAAAUGUCGCAAAAAGAUUGAGAAAUUCAGGAAAAUCUUACGUCUCGUCUAUAACUAAAAAAGAAGUUCCUGCUCGUUCCAUCAAAGGUGUUUGUGAGUGCAAACUCAAAUGUUCCGAGAAUAUAAAUGACACCCAUAGACAGACCUUAUUUGACAGAUAUUGGUCUAUAGGUAAUGUUGAUUUACAAAGGUCUUACAUAAGAUCAUGUAUGAUGGAGAUUAAGCCAAAGUACAAAUAUACUAAUGCUGAAAAGCCUAGAUUACCGAAUAAUGCAUUUUACUUUACAGUAAACAAUAAUAGAAUCCGUGUUUGUAAGACCUUUUAUAUUAACACGCUCGGAAUAUCUGAUCGUCAAAUCAGAACAGUGAAACAAAAAACUGACCCACAUGGUUUCGUCAGUACGGACAACAGGGGCAAGCAUACGUCAAGAAAACCUACGGAUCCUCUUCUCAUUGAGCAAAUAAAACAACACAUUGAGUCUAUUCCCAGAAUAGAAUCUCAUUUUUUGAGAGAUUCAACAUCCAGAGAGUAUUUCACAGAUUCUAGUGAGCCUGUCUCUGCUUCCAGUGAGAAUGGUGGUACUUCCAGAGAAUUUAUAAGUGGUGAGAAAACUAUAACGGAACUUUGGAGAGAUUUUGUUAAAUUUCAGACUGAGAAAGGUGAACCUACUUGUGAGUAUUGGUUGUAUUAUGACAUAUUUAAUAAAGAAUUUAACAUCGGAUUUUUCCAACCAAAAAAAGACAGAUGCAACCUUUGUAUGAAAUAUGAACUGGGAACCCCCCAAUAUAAAUUAAGUAUCCAAAAAAAAUUUGAAGAUCAUAUGAAUGAAAAAGAAUGGUGCCGACAAGAAAAGCGCCUAGAUCGUCAAAACAUAAACGAAACAAAUUUAUGUGCAGUCUAUGAUUUGCAGGCUGUCCUGCAAUGCCCUACUGGUGAUACGUCUGCUUUCUUUUACAAUUCUAAAUUAAAUUGCCUUAAUUUUACUAUAGUGCAAAUGUUAAAAAAAGCAGACCCAACACGAGAUACGAAUGACAGAACCGCUGAACAGGUAAUUGGGGCAUACGAUAAUGUGCAUUCAUAUUUCUGGGAUGAAUUACAGGGUAAAAGGGGGGCCAAUGAGAUUGGAUCAUGUAUUUUUGAUUACCUCAAACGUUUAAAUGACCAAAAUCCAAACAAACAACUCAAUGUGAUAUUUUACUCAGAUAAUUGUUGCGGCCAAAAUAAAAAUAAGUACAUCGCGUCGUUGUAUUCUUAUGCAGUAACUUGUUUUGAGAACAUUCACACAAUUACACAUAAAUACUUAAUAAAAGGGCACACACAAAACGAAGGGGACAAUGUCCACAGUCUAAUUGAAAAGGAAAUAAAAAGAAAUAAAAAAUCGGGACCCAUAUACACGCCAUACCAAUAUGUUACUUUAAUAAAAAACUCUCGUAAAACUGGUAAACCUUUUCAUGUGAUGGAGUUGACUUUUGAUUUCUUCAUUGAUUUUCAAAAUUUGCAAGAAAACUGGGGUUAUAAUUACAACGAAGAUGAACAUAAAAACAUUUUGGCGUGGAACGCUAUCAAGGUUCUGAAAUUUUGUAAGGCUGAACAGUUUGUGAUUUAUUAUAAGACAUCGUACAGCCAAAACGAAUUUACUAAGAUCAAUAUCAGAAAUAAGCGAAAGAAAAUGCCAGGCCCUGGAGAAAUAGCCCUCAAAAAAGCUUUUUCUCAAAAACAGGAAUUAGGUGAACAUAAGAAGAAAGACUUACGCGAUCUCAUUAAUCAUAACUUGAUACCUAGUUAUUAUGCAGAUUUUUAUAGUUCUAUUCUCUAAUUUCCAAAGUUUAUGAUUACAUUGAUAAUUAUUAAUAAGAAAUAUGUAGUUACAGUGAGCAUAAACAUAACUAAGGUGCCUAUUAUUGUGAUCUCUUUAGUAUAACAUAUUUAUAAGUAGUAGAAUGGACAAAAUGAUCUUGUUUACGAUCUGUAUUUUUGUUUAAAUCUUUUUUUAAGUAUAUUAGAUUUAUUU